GAGGAUUUGACUUUUGAGUAUACAGUAUCAAGAUUUUAACCUAUAAAUGUAAAUACAAAAAUGAAAUUAUUAACAUUCGGACUUUUGAAAUUGCAUUCAGGGAGACUUCGGAUCUGUAUGUGCCAGAGACCAUUUGUUUCUAUUGCGAAACAAUCCAGCACAGAACUGAAAUAUAUCUAUAGUAUAAAUGAGUUGCUUGAAAAUGUAAGCGUUUCGACGAAAAGCGUUUGGUCGUCAUUCGAUGCAUCAAAUGAGUUUCAGUUGAAAGAUUUGUUAGAUUCCGAUCCUCAUUAUCGUUCGAUCAUAAGUUCGGUGAUAUUGGCCAAAAAAUGUGGACGAUUGGGCAAUCCGACCGAAGACAAUACUAGUCAUCCUUUCUUCGAACAUCUCUGUGAUAGUAUUAAAGAAAUGACAGCCGACGAUGUAGUUUCAACACUGGUUGCAUUAAAUUUUUUGAACGUGCCGUUACAUCAUACGAUCAACCGAGAACUUAUCAUACGAGUCACAAAUAUGCUAAAGGAUCUAGAUGAUUUUCCCCUUAAAUCGCUGUCAAACCUGGCCAUUUUCUCUCAACAAAAUGAUGACAGAGUGUAUCCAUAUUUACUUUGUGCGGAUUCGAAUUCACAUAUGAUCAAAUAUUUGAAAAACUGUGACAAUUUCCAGGAUUUGUACUACAUCACGCUGUAUUUUGAAAGUUUAGAUAGAUUUCUAACCAAAGAACUUAUGACCAUGCACAAAGCAAAAAUGAAAGCAUAUUUGAAAGAUCUCGACCCACAAAUCAAUUUUAAAGAAUUAUUGACGAUGUUGACAUUUUAUCGAAAACAUAUGUCCUUCAAAAAUUCGCGUAUAAUUCGAAACAUUUUGUUGUUUGUGUGUGUUGAAAUACCUAAUUUAUCCAACUCUGAUCUUCAAAAUAUUGCUUGGACGCGAGAUGUAAUAAACGAGCCUGCAUCAAUCAUACCGGAAAUUGUAAAAGCGGCCGAAUCACGAACGGACAAGUCUACUGAUCUUGAUCUAAUCUACUGUCGCUUAUCCAAGUAUUUGCCCGAUCACUUGGAAUCAGUUUCUCGAGAUAUGCUGACAAUAUUGGCCAAUUCAGGUUCCGAAAACACAAUAAAAAAUGAUCAACUGUUUGCCAUUCUGAAACAUAAACGAUAUAUCAGUGUCAAGGAUAUCUACAAAAAAUAUUGGGAAAAAAUGACCGAAGAUUUGGCCAACAUAAGCACACAAGCGUUAGACAUAGAUUUCACAUUGUCAACUCUUUCGUAUCGAUAUUGUUUGUUACAAAAGGGGCUGGCUAGCAGAUACCGGUGCCAGAAAUUUGAAUCAUUGUUGAAAGAAUUAGUGUUGAUCGAAGUUAAAUAUGGAAUUUCGGCAUGGUUGCCGCAUCGCAUAGCCAAUAUGGCCACGUUUAUAAUCGGAUAUGCCAAUGACCCAAUAUUUGAUCAAAUUACGCUUCCCGAGUAUUUUGUGAAGAAAAUUGAAGAAAUGGCGCCCCAGUUCACGGCCAACGAAAUUAUCGACAUUUCCAUCGGAAUAGAAACUUUUCAUCGUAAUGGAAUCCCAAAGAGUGUAAAUCGAAGGAUGGCAGCCAAAGUUAUUGAUCGUAUCGGACGUUUGGAAAACGUUGUUGAUGCUUGCAUAGAACGAAUGAUUGAUGGACGAAGAACGAUUCAAAUUGAUUCGAUUUGCUUACUCAUAAGAGCGUAUGCCAAUCAAAAGGUGCUAAAAAAGACCCACACUCUUGACAAAUUAAUUAGAAAACUUGAAGAGAUUUGUUCCUCAGAUGAUGUUAUCAUCACAGCCCGCACGAUCCAGAUCGUAACGAGUAGUCUUAAUAAAAUAGUGUUCGUCGUACCGAGGCUAUGCGAGCACAUGCUGAAAUUUGUUAAUGAACAUCGGGAUAUUGUGGGUGGCGAUACUGUAGCCUAUUUAUUGUUUUAUUUAUUUUCAAUGGGCUAUGAACCGUACGUGAAUUCUCAACCGAUUUUGAAUGAAGACAAAACUGGGACGCCGAAAAGCCAAUAUCUGAAUGCCGAACUGUUUGAUUUUGAUAAUUUUACUCGAAUCAUAAACCGUGACUUCGAACUGAUGCCGGCUUGGUUAGUCGUUCAAGCAUGUUUAGCAUUCAGCUUUUAUCAGGUUCUAACAUUAGAUUUAAUAAGUCGAGUGUUCAAUAUAGAUUUCGUUACUCGGUUAGAAAAGGAGUUGGCUCUGAUGUAUGAUGCGAGAAGUUAUCCAAAGAACCUUUUAAAUAUUGUGAUGCAGCUAAAUAGGGCGGUGUGUCUGGACUAUCCGGAGGCUGGAGUGCCGUGGUUCCAACAAAAUUUUGCACAACUAGCAGCAGCUGUUAAAAUACAUUUUUCACUGAUAGAAAAAAAUGGCCAAUCCAGCCCCUACUUCAACGAUAUAUAUAAAAUGUUGCUGUCAUACGUUGGUGGUGACCAAAAUAUGAUUAGAACAAAUCAUCUUACCCCAUACGGAUAUCGUAUACCCUUCGUCAUAUAUUUUAACUCACAUAAACAACUGGUUUAUCCACCAUUCGAUGAAGGAAGCCAAUCACUGAAUAAAGUGGCCAUUAUACCAUUGUUGAACCAUUCGUUUCGUUUGAAUGACACAAAAGCACUGCGCGGAUUUAAUCGUCUUCAAGCACGACAUCUGAGUAUAUUGGGAUAUGACGUUGUUCAAAUAUGCUAUCGAGAAUGGAAUUCGAUCCACAUGAAUUUACCUGGUGCUCGUGAAAUUUUUUUGAGAAAUUUUUUAAAUAAAUACAAUCCGUUGAUUGAAUAAUUGUGCAAAAA